GGCCCCGCGGCGACAAGAUGGCGGCCGCCAUGGCGGCGGGCUUGGGCCGCCUGGGCCUGCGGGCCUGUCGGCGGGGUGUGGAAUCUUUACUCUGUCCUGCCAGAGCAGCUCCGACCUGUUUUGUUGUCCCUGUGAGAACAAAGCGGAGGUUCUCUGUCCCCAACUGGAACAGAGAACAGUCACUUGAAGAGAAGGAGAAAAAACUCAGAGCCUCAAGGAUUGUAGUUCCUGAGGAGCAUGUGGAACGGACCUUCUAUUUGGCCUGCACAGCUGGUAUUAUUGACCCAUACGUCCCCCCUGAAGGUGAUGCUCGCUUGACUUCUCUGUCUAAAGAGGGGCUGAAGCAAAAGGUGGAGAAGUUCAAGCAGAGUGCUGUCUCCCAGUUAGCUCUGCGGAAGGUAAAAGAUCAUGAUCCAAAUUUCAGCACUAAAACCUUUCCAGAGAAGGCACAAGAGAUAUUCACUGAAGCUCACAAUUCCCUGGCGAAUUUUAACAAGCAGAAACUUCACUCCUUGGUGACAGAGCGCUGCUACUCGGAAAUGGUCCGUGGGAACAGGUAUAAGACCAUCCGGUGGAGUUUUGUAGAGUCAUUGGAACCUCCAAGGGUGGUUCAUGUUCGAUGUGACAGCAUGGUGAAUCAAGGCAACCUGUAUGGCCAAGUGACAGUGCGGAUGCACACUCGACAGACUUUAGCAAUCUAUGACCGGUUUGGGCGGUUAAUGUACGGUGGGGAGCAGGUGCCCAAGGAUGUUUUGGAGUACGUUGUAUUUGAGAGGCACUUGGUCAACCUAUACGGCACAUGGAGGAUGCAUGGCAAGAUCGUUCCGUCGUGGGCUCCACCAAAGGACCCCAUUGUGAAGACGGUGAUGAUUCCUGGCCCGACCUUGAAUCCCUCACAAGAGUUUGAAGAGAUCAAAUAAGAAAUUCCACAGCCUGUACAGAUGCAAUGUUACAAACAAUUCUGGAGGGAAGAAGUGGAGUAUAUUUGUUGGGGUAGCAUGUUGGACAUAGCUGUGCUUUUCCAGUGGGCAAAUCAACAAACAAAGCAUCUUUGGGAAUGGACUGUAGCCACUGAGAAGUUGCCUUUACAGCAGUGAGAGGGGCUUGGGAGGGGGAUUCAGAUGACCUCCAAGAAGAGCUUUACUCUGUUCAAGUAUGCUCAGUGUACUGCAUCUUAAACCCCUCUGCAUUUAUGUGAAGACGAAGAUUCUGUCCUCUUCAGGACUACUCUCUAGGCAAACCUCUGUGCUGAAUUUGCAUCAUGAGGGCCAUUGACAGCAGAAGGGGUCUAAACUAGGGAUAUUUGGCACUUUAAUAGGAGGUGCUGUAGACCUGAUGGACUUUCAUUAAAAUUUGUGGGAGUGGGUA